AGCAAGCUCUCCAUACAUCCCAAAUGCAAAAAGAAAACCUCAAAACGGAUUAAACCCAAAAAUAAUUGGCAAGAAUGGGAAUCAAAGAUCUGCUCAGAUUUAUGAAACCCUUCAUUGAACCCGUUCACAUCAAGAAAUACGCCGGCAAGCGGGUGGGUAUUGAUGCGUAUUCAUGGUUACAUAAAGGAGCAUAUUCAUGUAGCAUGGAAAUUUGUUUGAAUUCAAACAGCGAGAAGAAAUCGCGAUACAUAGAUUACUUUAUGCACAGAAUCAAUCUUCUUCGUUACCAUAAGAUAACUCCAGUUGUUGUUUUUGAUGGUGCCAAUAUCCCCUGUAAGGCUGCCACUGAAAAUGAAAGAUACAGGAGACGGAAAGAUAAUCAAGAAUUGGCAAUGGCGAAGCUUAAGGAGGGGGAUGUUAGAGGUGCUAGUGAGCUUUUCCAGAGAGCAGUGAGUAUCACUCCAGCCAUGGCACAUCAAUUGAUUCAUAUUUUGAGAUCAAAGAACAUCGAAUUUGUGGUAGCACCAUAUGAGGCUGAUGCACAGCUAGCAUACUUGGCCACCCUUGAGGCUGAAAAAGGUGGAGUUGUGGCAGUGAUUACAGAAGACAGUGAUCUAAUAGCAUAUGGUUGUCCAGCUAUCACCUUUAAAAUGGACCGAUAUGGCAAUGGAGAAGAACUAGUUCUGGCUAAAGUUUUUGAUUCUAUAACUAGUAAACCUUCCUUCAGAGGUUUUGAUAAAGAACUGUUCAUAGGUAUGUGUGUCUUAGCUGGAUGUGAUUUCCUUCCUUCUGUUCCUGGAAUUGGGAUUGCAAAGGCGCAUUCCUUGGUCUCCAAGUAUCGGAACUUAGACCGUGUUUUAUCAGUUUUGAAGAUUGAAAAGGGCAGUCAAAUGCCUGAAGAUUACUCCAAAUCUUUCAAAGAAGCAGUUGCAGUUUUUCAGCAUGCCAGAAUAUAUGAUGGUGAAAUCAAGGGGCUGAAACACAUGAAACCUCUUACAAAACAGCUUCUGCAAAUUCUAGAUGAAGGGCUUGAUUUUCUGGGACCAGAAAUCUCUCCAUCAGUAGCUAUUGCGAUUGCCGAAGGAAUCUUAGACCCCACUACUAUGGAGGCCUUUGACAGUAUGCCAACUCCUGGAAAUCAUCCAGUGCCUACUGAAUUUCAAGCUUCUGGUAAACGUCAGUUGCUGGAAACUGCUGAUAUAUCCAGACAAGAGAGCUGCUUCUUGGUAUUUUCUUCACAUAAAACCAGAGAAAAAAAGAAGACAGGUACAAUGAGGCAAGGUGCAGUUUCAAUUGAAAAGAAGUAUAUCCAAGAUGCUGGACUAGAGAGAUUAGCUUUUCCAUUAAAAAGUCAGGUGACAAAGGCGAAUGUGGUUACAGAGGACAUUCCACUGAUUCCGAAUAACAAUCCUUUCAAGAAAAGAAAACUUGAUGAAAUGCACAUAGCCGAGGCAAAGGACACCACUGAACUAGUUUCCUCAAAUGACGAGGAUGAGAUUGAGAGGUCGGAAAUCUUGUGUGUGUUUCCUGAUAACACCCAAUUGGCAUUUCCUGGAAGAAAAGUUGAAAUGUCCUCUAACCAGAUAGAGAGCACUGCUGAACAAAUAUCAAUGGUGAGUGAGGUGGAAAGUUGUGAGACCCCGCACAUGAACGUGGGAUCUCAAGAAAGCGUGAGCUGUAAUCCCAAAAGACUGUUUAGUGGAAGAGGAAGAGGUAAGAAUGACAAGUUGAAGUUGAAGGGAAGUAAUUGCAAGAAUUCAGAGACUAAGAACAGUAUUCUUAACUUUUUGCUCGUGUGUAAUCAUUCAUCUUUUUAAUUUAUAACUUCUUUUGUAAACUCCAGCAAGUGCAUCAUUCUUUCAGAAAGUAAGCUUUCUAAAACAGAGCAGAAAUGAAGUUCUUCUUCCAUGAAA